AUUCAAACCAACCUCCAACAAGUUGAUGUUAACAAAUAUAUUUUUGAGAUUCCUGACGCCACGACUAUAAAUCACAUAGUGGUUUUUCUGCUUGGUACGAUCCCAUUUGAGCCUGGCUUUGCUGCCACUGUUCAUUUCCUUUGGCCAGGAGAAGAACAAGGAUGGAAACUGUUGGGAAUGCUUUCCAAUGAUAAGCCGAGCGCAAUUUUCCGUCUUCGUGGAACGGUUAUCCCGAGAACUUCGAGUGGAUUUUCAUUUGGAUCAACAAAACUUUUAACAAGUUAUAAUGAUGAAAUGUCAAUGGACGUUAAUGAUGCAUCAACCACAGGCCCAAUAACUGCCACAGUGGGUAUUUCUAUCGAACAAAUUGCUAUGGUUGAAUCUCAAAUAGCAAAUUUUCGUCAAACAAAUCAACAGUCAAGCACCAACCCAGAAGCUACCAGCCAAAUAUCACUCAAUAUAUUAAAAAAUCUUUACAACUACGUUACAUCAUUUGCAACUUCUUCGACACCUUUCAAUGCACAGAUUAUCGGAACGGGCAAUGCAUUUAUAUCUAUAAAAGUAUUCCAGGACUGGUAUGAUAUGUUUAUGCGUAAGGUCAAAGUUGAUCCUAAUAUAGUUCUUAAGGGAGAUUGA